CCUCUUCUCCCCGUCCAGCCAUCAGCGUGCCGGCCCAGGGGUUUCGGCACUCGUGCAAGCAGAUGUGAGACACCGAGACUCAUCAGUCUAAGCACAUGUCAAGCUGGAACGCGGCCCUGGAACUUGGCGGACUCGACAUUGAUUCAACCUUUCGGGAGACAGUCUUUGCUCAGCUUCGCGAGAGUUUUGGCCAGAUGAGUUCCCCAUCCACAGCGCCGACCUCUGCCCAACAUGCGUUUGAAAAGCGCGCCGCCGCGGUCAAGGCGCCGAAGAGCGACAUCAACGCCCUGAUCCUUGACUAUCUGACAAUGGAAGGGUACCCCAAGGCCGCGGCAAGGUUCUGUAAGGAGGCCAACCUGCAGCCGCAGCAGCCGGACCCUUCCAUUCAGAUGCGUCAGCAGGUCCAGCAUGCCAUCCACAGCGGCAACAUCGAGAUGGCCAUCUCAGCUCUCAACGAGUUUGAUCCAGAGAUAUUGGACACAAACCCGGAGCUGCACUUCUUGCUCCUCCGGCUGCAGAUGGUGGAGCUGAUCCGGCAGUGCGAAGGCGGGAACGUCAUCCCGGCGCUCGAGUUCGCGACCAAGAACCUGGGUCCGCGGGCAGCCGCGAAUCCCAGCUUUCUGGGUGAUCUCGAGAAGACCAUGUCCCUGCUCCUUUUCCCGCACGACAAGCUGCAGCCGGAGCUCGCAGCCCUGCUGGACUCUGAUUUUCGCCGGACAACGGCGGCCAAGGUCAACGAGGCGGUGUUGCUCCAGCAGAACCAGCGCCGGGAAGCGGCCAUCCGGCAGUUUGUGCGCAUGAGGGCGUGGGCCGAGACGUCGGCGCGGGCUCAGAAGAAGGACUUGCCUGAGUCUCUCGACGUGGGCCUCGAUGCGGACAAAGAAGAGAGCGGCGACAAUGGCGACAAUGACAACAACGGCGAUGAGCCGAUGAUGACGACAUGAGAAAAGGGCACGGAUGAUCAUGAUGACGAGGGCGUUUUUUUGUGAGGCUACUUCAGGGUAUGGGUAUGCUAUCGUUCAGGCUUAGGCGUUAGGCAAACGGCUCCGGCGAUGGGACUGGGAGAUGGUCUUUGUCUCGGGAUGGGGUAUGGAAGCAUUAUUAUGGCGGCGUUGCGGUGGUAGUGUUACAAGGUUUUGAGGAGUGUUGGGAGCCGCAAGGCACUGACCCGGGCUCUGACAAGACGUAUUGGCAUUGUGUUUCGUUUCGACUGUUUGUUCCGCGAAGUGUCUCGAGUAUGCACUGGUCAACAAACUUGUUGGAAGUUCUUCGU